AGCCGUUUAACUCCUUCCUCGCCUGCUGUUUGUGUCCUAUCAGUGGAAGAUGGCGACCAGAGUCCUUCAGAGCUCUUUCUCCGGCCUGUAUCGGGCCGCACACACGGGCCGGGCAAAAGGACACGUUACCGCUGUUAUCAGGGCUCUGUCAGCAUCUAAUAACCGGAACCGAGAGGACAGCUGGUUCAAAUCACUGUUUGUGCGGAAGGUGGACCCCAGAAAAGACGCUCACUCCCAUCUGCUAGCCAAGAAAGAGGACAACAACUUAUAUAAAAUCCAGUUUCACAACGUGAAGCCCGAGUGCCUCGAGGCCUACAACAAACUCUGUGAUGAGGUGCUGCCCUCCAUCCACGCUGACAAGAACUACCCCUGUGAGCUGGUGGGCACCUGGAACACCUGGUACGGAGAGCAGGACCAAGCUGUGCACUUGUGGCGGUACAGAGGAGGAUAUCCAGCUCUGACUGAAGUCAUGAACAAACUGAAGAACAACAAGGACUUCCUGGAGUACAGGAAGGAGAGGGGGAAGAUGCUGCUGUCCCGCAGGAACCAGCUGCUGCUGGAGUUCAGCUUCUGGAACGAGCCGGUGCCCAGAGGUAUUCACGGUUGUCCUUUUUCUUGUCUCCUGCAGCCCGGGACCAUGAUUGAAUGGGGCAACUAUUGGGCCAGAGCCAUCAGCUACCGGCAGCACAACCGCGAGGCAGUGGGCGGCUUCUUCUCUCAGAUAGGAGACCUGUAUAUGGUGCAUCAUCUCUGGGCGUAUAAGGACCUGCAGUCCAGAGAGGACACGAGGAACGCCGCCUGGCAGCAUGAGGGCUGGGAUGAAGUCGUCUAUUACACCGUGCCCCUCAUUCAGCACAUGGAGUCCAGGAUAAUGAUCCCGCUGAAAGCGUCUCCUCUCCAGUAAUGCAUCCAUCCAAAUCAUCCCCAUGAGCUCCAGACCAGACCGAGACGUCAGAUACUUCCACUGCCGUGAUUAUCUCAUGAUGCCACCCAACGUCACGCACAACACACUUGCUCGGACCGUAAUAAUUGCACCAGCAAACCCAACUGAAUCUGUAGGAAUGAAGGCUGUAAGUUUUGAGAAUCUUUCUUAUGACGUAGACAUAUCUGAAAUCUGCUGCUUGUGUUUAUCUGUAUAUCGCUCGGCCUAGAUUUGUUAAAUGAAGUUUCGUUGGAAUAUGUAAAGGAUAUAAAAGUGCAUUAAAUUACUGUAAGUGUAGAGUAUUAACCCCUUCUGGUCUGGUGGCCGCUGCAUCUUUGAUUCACCAGAUCUCAAAACAACCCUCAUAUUUGAAUGCCUUAGUUAAUGCAGACGUGUAUGAACGGACUUCUGUCAGAAAGCAAACGUUUACCGUUCACCCUGCUGCAAUCUAUUCAUGUAUUUAUUGCAUAUUUAUAAGCUGUAAAUAUAAACCCCCACAUGGAGACUGUUUCAUGUUUUAAUAACCUACAGCAGAAUCCAUCCUACAUAUUCAGAUCAGUUAUUAACCAGAUGAAAUCUAAAUACACUGUUGGUUACUAAAUAGCCCUCGUUUAAGCAUAUCUGUGCAACUGGAGCUGGACAAGCCUCGUCAGGGAC